UUGGAGACCCUGAGCCGGAACCCAUGUAGACCCAUAUGAUACGGAGUCUCUCGCCGGUUCUCAUGGUGAAAGCAUGCCGUUGUGAACGAAAAUUGUGUCGUCCAAAACAUUCUCUGCAUUCCAGACUGCGUAACUUUCAUUAGAGUACUCGUGCCCCUUACCGGUCGACGCGAAACACAAUCUGUCUUCAAACGGAAGUUUCCACCGGAGCGUGAGCGCAUGCGCUACUACCCACCCGGCUUUCCUUCGCAUUCAACUGCUGUCUUUGGAUGAAUCCCAUUGUGACGAGCACCAACCAGCGCAGGAGCGUCAAAUCACCAACGGCCGUCACGAAACACCACGGAAGGAGGACCGGAACCAUCGUGGAGGAACCCGUGGACACACGACGCGCCCAUCGAAAGCUUCCAAACUUCACAGAGAGGGCAGGUCUUGGCUUCCGCUGCAGGCGUGCUCUCAAAUACCCUAUAAACGCCACGUUGGAGCAUGGGUGGUGUAACAUCUCUUGGCGUAACGCGACGUUACAGCUUCGAGUAUUUCCUUUCGGAUAACCUGACUCAACACUGCACUGCACUGUGACUUCCAACGCGCGUGACAAGUAACUGAAACCAUGGCGGGGAAUUCCUGGGAGUGCCUAGUCCAUCAUAUAGAUGGGCUGUUCGAGUGCGCAGUUUGCAAAAAGCAGCUCACUCAUAGAAGUUUCCUCAAUGGACAUAUCAGAAUUCAUACAGGGGAGAAGCCUUUCGAGUGCGUAGUUUGCAACAAGACGUUUAAUCGAGGUAGUCACCUUCGAUCUCAUCUAAUAACUCAUACAGGAGAGAAGCCAUUCGAGUGCACAAUUUGCUGUAAGAAGUUCAGUAGAAGUGGCACACUCCGAAUACAUCUUAGAACCCACACAGGGGAGAAGUCAUUCGAGUGCGCAGUUUGCAAUAAGAAGUUCAACAAAACUGGUAACCUUCAAACUCAUCUUAGAACUCAUACUGGAGAGAAGCCUUACGAGUGCGCAGUUUGCAACAAGAAGUUCAAUCAAGCCGGUAACCUUCGAUCUCAUGUCAGAACUCAUACAGGGGAGAAGCCAGUCGAGUGCACAGUCUGCAAAGGGAAGUUCAGUAGUUUACGUAAUCUCCAAGCUCAUCUUAAUACCCACACAGGGGAGAAGCCUUUCGAGUGUUCAGAUUGCAACAAGAAGUUUAGUUCUACACAAGGUCUCAGAUAUCAUCUAAGAACCCAUUUAGGGGAGAAGCCAUUCGAGUGCACAGUUUGCAAAAGGAAGUUAAGUAGUUUACAAAAUCUCCGAUCUCAUCUUUAUACCCACACAGGGUACAAGCCUUUCGAGUGCUCAGUUUGCAACAAGAUGUUUCGUCGAGCUAGAGAUGUUCGAAUUCAUCUUAGAACCCACACGGGAGAGACGCUCGAAUGUACAGUUUGCAGAAAGAAAUUUAGUCGAGAAGACAGUCUUAAAACCCAUCUUAAAACCCACACAUCGAAGGAAAAAGAAGCGGAGUGAAGCAGAUAUCCUUUGGAAACAUCUGUGAAGUCACAGUGGCUGUGUCAUCCACAGUAAAGACAAAAGAAUUAAAGCUGAGAAAACUUCGAACCUAGUUGAGAAGGUUUUCAACAGAGAGACUGACCGCAUGUGCUUUGUUCCUAGAUUAACGUGGAAUAGUUUUAAAUUUCAGUGGGGUCAAAUGCCGCCUCGUCUCUUUAAAUGCACUAUUUGAAUUAUUAUUUUUAAUUUAGGUCUUUGGUUUGUUGAAUUUUGACUUUUCUUGUCACGUUUGACCAGGUGUUCGCCUUAUAUUGUGCCAUCUGUUUCUUUGACACUAAUCAAGUAUUAAAUAUAAUGUAAAAGCAGUCGAA